UCGAGGACUAGAUACCUUGAAACACAAGAGACUAUGGCGGGGGACAGCGAGCAGCGGCUCCAGCGUUAUCAUGAGUUCUUUGGUGGAAAAAAGCCUUUCCUCAUUGGAAUUAGUGGGGGGACAGCCAGUGGCAAAUCCUCUGUUUGUGCCAAAAUUAUUCAACUGCUCGGACAGAAUGAAGUAGACCUUCAUCAGAAAUGAGUUGUGAUUCUAAGCCAGGACAGUUUCUACCGUGUACUCACCACAGAGCAGAAAGCAAAAGCCCUCAUAGGCCAUUUCAACUUUGACCAUCCAGAUGCCUUUGACAAUGAAUUGAUUGGCCAAACACUUAAAAAGAUCAUGAAUGAGAAGGCAGUUCAAAUACCUGUUUAUGACUUCAGUUCUCAUUCUCGGUAA